GUUGCUUGUUGUUGCUGAUUAUUCAUAAAAAAUGGAUAAUCAGCUAAAGCAAUUUAAUGUUAUCGGAACAGAUGACAAUUGGCGGACCCCGAAUUUUCGACAGACAGUUGUAUCGAAAAUCGAGGAAGUGAUCCAGCGGUCCGGCAUGCAGGUGGCGCGUAACAGCAGUGAGAUGGAGAACCAUGUGUUCAUGAAAGCGAAGACACGGGAAGAAUACAUGAACAUGGUCGCCAAACUCAUUCUCCAUGUAAGGGAAAUGUCCCAACCAAAGCAAAACCAAGGAGCACCAAACAUGCAAGGCCCCAAUCAAAGCCAGCAGGGCCCAAAUGCCCAAGUCCAAAACCAGCAGGCUCCUCAGAGACCCAAUGCUCAAUCUGGCAUGGCCCCAGACCCCAUCAAUGCUUUACAGACCCUCGCAUCUCAAGGCUCCAGGAACCAAAUGAUGAACAUGGGCCCUCAGGGUCAAAUGCAACAACAACUAGGGCCCAAUCCUGGUAUGGGUCUUCAAGCCCAAAUGGGACAACAGGGCCCUAUAGUUUCCCAAGGACCUCAAGCACAACCUGCUACAAAUUUACUCCAGACCCUGAAUAGACCACAGUUGAACAUGCAGUUGCCUAACAAAAUUAGUGCCAUUGGAAUGGUACCCAAUCAGGGACAGAUGGGAAAUAAUAUGGUUGGACAAAUGGGGAUGGGGAACCCUAUGGGAAGUCAGCUGCAGAGUCAAUUGGCAGGGCCAGGUAUGCAAGGUCAGAUGAUGCCAAAUAUGUCAAUGCCAAACGCAAUGCAGGUGCCAAUGAGUGUGAGUAACUCUAUGGGACAGAUGCCGUGCAACCAGGUUGUUGGAGGCAUGGGCGGGCAGAUGAAUCCUAAUACUAUGCAGGGACAGAUGGGACCUGGACAAAUGGGCAUGGGCAACACGCAAAUGAUGAACAUGCUGCACAUGCAAGGGCGGGUGCAGAACAAGCCCGAGGUGGCCUCGAUGUUGGGCGCGGGCUACCCGCCCAACAGGGCUCCAGCUCCCAAUCAGUUCCUGCGUCAGAGUCCUUCGCCGUCUGCGCCUUCACCUAUGGGAGGACCUAGUCCUGUAUCUAUGGGGGUGAUGGGCGGCGGCGGAGCCCUGGCAUCGCCCAUGUCUUUAGGUGGGUUGGCGUGCGGACCGGGUCCGUCGGGCGCUGGCGGCGCUGUCGGCAGCCCCUCGCCCUCGGCACCGCCGCAUCUCGGGCAUCACGGGCCGCAUCAGCAAAGGGCAGCUUUGGCUUUCAACCAUGUGGAAAAGUUAACGAAGAUGAAGAAUCUCCUGGACAUCCUGUCGAACCCGAACAAGCGUAUGCCGUUGGAGACGCUCAUUAAAUGCGAAGUGGUUUUGGAGAAGCUUGACUUCAAACGCAGCGAAGGCGUCGGCCUUGGAUUGCCACCUACAGCUGGCAAGGAGCAAAUCUUCAACCCCCUUCUUGAAGUCGUGAACAACUGCCUCCAAUCGCCGCUGGCCAACCAUACUCUCAAACGCACCUUCGGUUCCACUCUCGACUCCAUCAACGGCCCUGACAUCAAGAACCUUCCACCUCCGUUGAAAAUACAAAAGAUCGAAGAACAGACCAUGGAGAUACCUGAUGUGUUGCAGGGAGAAAUUGCUAGAUUAGAUUCUAGAUUUAAGGUGUCGCUGGAGGCCAUGCAGCUGGCGGGCGGCGCGGGCGCCAUCGCGCUGGUGGCGCAGCUGGACGACGCGCGGCUGCCGUGCGUGCCGGCCGUGCACGUGGCCGUGCCGCGCGACUACCCGCGCCUGGCGCCCGCGCGCCUGCGCCGCUCGGCCGCGCGCCACGGCCCGCCCGACUCCUUCCUGGCGCGCGUCGAGCGGGCCAUGGACGCGCGCUGCGCCAGGUUACCCAAAACCUGUUCGGUGGGGCAACUGCUGGACGCCUGGGAGAUGAGCGUGCGACAGGCGUGCGCGCCCAACCCCAUGACGUAUACGCCCGUGCCCGCACUAGGACUAUAAGAGACCUGCUGAAAGCCUCACACUCUUGCAUUGGGGAGGUAAUUAAAUCUACCACGAUUACAAUACUUUUGCAAAAACAAUUACCUAAACACAUUUCCAACCCUAUUGAAGACGUACUAUUUUGACGCUAUCAGGUUGUUGACACAGAUCAUAAAUUCCAUCAUUCAAUUCUAUAUUUUGAAUUCUGUUAAUAUCUAUAAUAAUAUCAAUAAAUAUUAUGUUUUAUCACCAUUAUAUAAAUUAAUUUGUUUAUUUUAGGAAAUUACACCACUGUUUGAAUUUGCAGAAGUUAAAAACAUAAAUUGUUUAUUGUUCACGACUAGAAUCUCAUAUUGCAAUUUCCCUACGGCAUUUUACAGGUUUAUAUCGCUUGAAAACUGUCGACAUUGCCCAUUAAAUAUGACAGAGUGUGAGCCCGUACGUAUGUACUGCAUGUAGUAUUUAUUUAUAGAGAUAUGUUUCUUUGUAGUUGGCGAGGAAGAGAUUAAGUAUAUAUAAAGGAUGUUAGGAGACUGUUCCUGGUAACCUUAACUACGUAGUCUACUCUUCUUUUUCUAUGUUGGGAAGAGUUAAUUUUUUAUAAUAAAAAAAUAUGUCCACGUAGUGUAGUUUACUAGAAUGGUCUGCUGACACCAAAUCAAUUCGUGCACAAUUGAACCGUAUGUACACGCAAAUAGGGUAGUUAUUUGUGUAGCGCCGUAUAGCGCUUUUCAGUGUAAGAAUUUGUAUGCUA